CGGCCGGGUCGAGGGAGAGGCGGUACGGGCUGGCAGGACGGAGCGGGCCGCAGCGUGAACGCUCCUCACGGGCGAGCGAAGGCGGCUCCUCACGGGCACUUUGGUCUCGGGAUGGGGCGGUAAAGGCGCAGGGAUCACCAGAGCCGGCUCUCCGCCUUCUGUCCGGGCAUCGCGGCGGAGUGCGGUUGCCUGAAGGGUCUUCGGCCGGCCUCGCAGCGGCGCUGGCACCAGGAACCCUGCAGCCACUGUGGUGGGUGGCGGUCUUGAUGAAAUUGGGACUGCGGCCACUUUCUUAAGACCCACGGCAUCCUGGCUUUGUCGGCACGCAGUUACUUAGUAAGACUAAGCGUGUGAUGGCCAGACAAGAACCUCAAGAGAGGAACUAUGACAAUAUGCUAAAGAUGGUGGAGGAUCUGAACAGGGACCUAGAAAAGCUUCUGGAGGAAAUAGAAAAACUGACAGUGCAGGCAACCUGGAUGGCAUAUGACAUGGUAGUAAUGCGUACCAACCCUGACCUGACCAAUUCCAUGAGGCGUUUGGAAGAUGCCUUCCUGAACUGCAGAGAAGAAAUGGAGAAAAAAUGGCAAGAAGUGCUAAGAGAAUCGAAAGGCGAAGAGCAAAAAAAGGAAUAAGAUGAAUUUAGUCAUGCUGGCAGAACUGUAUCCCUUUGAAAGUCUCCAGUUUUUUUUUGUAUUGCAGGCAUGGAGGUUUCACAAACACCAUGGAAAACGGAUUGCUGUUCAUCUUACUAAGAACUAUGUAUGUGUUUACAUUUAUGGAAAUAUUUUUAUGAUAUAUUAAUAUUGUUGAAGAUAAAAGUAACUAUGUUUCUAUUUUUUAUUAUGCUCACUUUGUAGUGUACGUGCAUACAGAACUUAGAUGCUCUACGUGGCUGCUUUUUUUCCUGGAAGACCACACUCACUUCAUAGUCAAUAUCUGCAUGUGGAACUCUUUGAUCCCUAAAUAAAUUGAAGGG